AUCGCGCAACGUUGUAAAUUAUAACCUAAAAAAUACAUGCGAUUUAAAAAGUGUGGAUUUAUGGUUUAACAAAAUAAUUUAUUUUAAGUUUGUUUAUACGGUAAGAAUAUUACUAGCAUGUCUCUUAAUGGUUCGACCCCAAUGUCUGCUUUUGAAAUGUAUAAACAAAGGCAUGUAGAAAAUUUGAACGUAAAGAAAAAAAAACGUAAAACGAAACCCAAAGAAGUUACUGUGACUUCGAUAAAGAAGCAAAAACUACCAGAAUGCAAAGAAUAUGUGGAGGAGGAAGAGGAAAUUCCACAAUUAGUAGAAGUUAAGUCAGAGAAGCAUAAAAUAACGGAACAAAUUAAAACACAAUUUAUUGUGCCAAGGCCACCUAAAGUAAAUCAAGUGAAGAAAAUUGAUAUUAAACAAAAAGCACCAAUUAACCAAGAUAAUAAAGUCAUUAGGGAAAGUGAUAAUGUAAAUAAAAAGAGAAAGAAAAAAAUUAAACUUAAAGUUAAGGUUAAUGGCCAUUCAAAAACAAAUUCGGAAAGGGAUUCUGAUAAUUCAGUAAGCGAGUGUGCAAAAUUAUUUAGAUGGUUUAUAAAUCCAAUACCACCAGAUGUAUUUUUUAGUGAAUUUUGGGAAAAAGAACCCAUUCACAUUGAAAGAGAUACCCCUAACUAUUAUUCUCAUAUUCUUACCACUGAAAGGUUAGAUAGAAUACUAAGAGACAAUCCUUUAUAUUAUACACGUAAUGUAGAUGUUGUAUCAUAUGAAAAUGGCAAAAAGGAAAAUUUUAACCAGGAAGGCAGAGCUGUAGCAGCUGCUUUAUGGGACUACUACUCCAAUGGGUGUAGCAUUAGGGUAUUGAAUCCACAAACUUAUGACCAAAAGGUACAUGUUUUGAUAUCCACUUUGCAAGAAUAUUUUGGGACAAUGGUAGGAACAAAUAUAUACUUAACUCCACCAGGAAGUCAAGGUUUUGCUCCUCAUUAUGAUGAUAUUGAAGCUUUUGUUGUUCAGUUGGAAGGUAGAAAACACUGGAAAUUAUAUAGGCCAAAGGGACCUGAUAUUUUAGCCAGAGAUUCAAGUCCAAAUCUAAGUUAUGAAAAUAUUGGAAAACCAUUCAUGGAAGUGACUCUAAAUGCAGGAGAUAUACUGUAUUUUCCACGCGGUACUAUUCACGAGGGUAGGACAGAUCCAGACUCUCAUUCUUUCCAUAUUACAUUGUCAGUUUACCAACAUACUGCCUAUGCGGAUCUUUUGGAACACGUUUUGCCUGAUGCCCUUAAAAGAGCAGCUUUUAAUGACAUCGAAUUUAGGAAAGGUCUGCCUUUAAACUACCUAAAACAUGUGGGUCUUGUAAACAAAGAUAAAAAAUCUCCACGAAGAGCCGAAAUAAUGAAAAAUGUAAAAAAGUUAAUUUCAACACUCACAAACUAUAUUGAUAUUGACCAUGCAGCUGAUCAGCUGGGUAAAAGUUUUAUGCAUGAUGCAAUGCCACCAGUUUUAUCAAAACCAGAGGUUAUGUUAACUUCUAAAGGUGAUGGUGACUACAUGAAAAAUGGAAGAGUGUUUAAUAGAGUUGAAAUUGGACUGGAUACAAAAAUUCGCUUAGUGAGAUAUUAUGGCUUAAGAGUUGUUAAAGAAAACGAACAGGUUUCAAAAAUAUACUAUUCAUGCGAUAACGACAAAGUUUAUCAUGGUGAAGAACCUCAAUGGCUAGAAAUUGACAAUGGACUUAUCCCGGCAAUGGAAAAACUCCAAAGUAUUUAUCCCGAUUUUAUUGAAGUCGAGCAGCUUCCCAUAAAAGAAGAUACUGGUAAAGUGCAAUUGGUUGCUGAUUUGUGGGAAAAGGGAUUAUUAAUGACCAAAAAUCCUUUAACUGCCUUCAGUGGCGAGGAGGAUGAAAGCGAUUCUGAGACCGAUUUUCCUGGAGGUACCAUUGAAAUAAUGGAAAUUACGUAAAGCAAUUUGUAAUUUUUUGAGUAUAAUAAUUAUGUUUAUGGUGUAUUAUAUUUUAUUGCAAGUUUUAUUUAAAGGCAGUAGUCAAUAAACACUUUUAAACUGUU